AUGCCUGCCGGAGAACCACCUAAGCGAUCCUACUCUCGCACAGACGCUGGUGUUCGCGUCGAAUACCCGGAACAUCAUGAACUUCCUGCCAGUAAACCGCUGAUUGGCCAAGGGGGGCAAUUCUCCAAACCUACCCUGGCGUCUUUGUCACUCGAAGGAAAGACCAUUAUUAUGACCGGCGGUGCCAGAGGUCUUGGUCUGGUUAUGGGCCAAGGAAUUGUCUUUUCCGGCGCUGAUCUAGCAAUUGUCGAUAUGAACAAGGAUGAAGCACAGUCUCAGGUCGGUCAAUUGAUAGACGCAUUCAAGAAGGAGAACCCAAAUAGCGAAAAAAUUCCGAGAGUUACAGCACACUACGCGGAAGUGUCUGACCCGGAGUCCGUGACUAAGUGCAUGGCUGAGAUUCUCAACGUGCACAAGAAGAUCGAUGGUCUAGUCACUUCAGCUGGAUUCUCCGAGAACUUUGACGCAAUUAACUAUCCCAUAGAGCGUAUGCGCAAACUUUGGGCUGUUAACGUCGACGGCACCUAUUUAUUUGCUGUCGCUGUUGCCAAGCAUCUCAUGGAACGUCAGGUACCAGGUAGUAUCGUUGUUAUCGGUAGUAUGUCAGGUGUCAUUGUCAAUAUUCCACAGCCACAGGCUCCAUAUAAUGCAUCCAAGGCUGCUGUUCGUCAUCUGGCUGCUUCCCUAGCAGUGGAAUGGGCCCAUGCCGGGAUCCGCGUAAACUGCAUUUCCCCUGGCUAUAUGUUGACUGCCAUGACGGAAAAGAUCAUAAAGGAGAACCCGGAUAUUGGAAACACGUGGACGGCUCUCAUCCCCCAAGGCCGAAUGGGCCAGCCUCGGGACCUCAUGGGACCCGUCACCUUCCUUUUGUCCGACGCCUCUUCUUACAUGACGGGAUCAGAGCUACGUGUAGAUGGUGGAUAUACCAUUACCUAA